UCUCCUAUAUGGAAAGCAGACGAGCUCUGAGGCGGGCAGUGUACCGCUUCAUGCCAGCCCGGCUCUCCGGACUCAAAGGACCAGGAGGACUCUUUGAGUUCAGCGUUGUUGCAGCAGCAGCAACAACACACCGCUGUUGUAAGCCUUGCUACUACUGCUAUUGGGGCUGAUUUGCCGUCAUUGAGCCGGCGGCGGCGGCAAGAACAGCCGCCGCCGCCGCCGCGUUAGUGGGAGAGAUUGUGCCGCUGCGACAGGGGAAGACGAGGCUAGGCGCUCAAGGAGGCGCACUGAGCAUGCGCCGGCGAAGCCCACUGACUACAGCGCUCCGGCAGCCAAGGUACCCUGGAAAUAAAGAAAUAAAUGGAGGGAUGAAAAUACCAGCAAAUAGAAAGAAGAAGGUCUGGUGAGGGGGGAGGCUCUUGGUCUUUCUCCCCUCACCACCCCAAAGCAUCAACAGAUAUUUUGAUGGCAUGACAGAUCAGGAGGAAGAAAAGAAGAUGUACUAUGUGACUAGACACCAGAUCAGUUCUGCUUUUGGAAUACAUUCUCAGUAAGAUGUAUGGGUCUAUUUUUUCCUUGUUCAUAUAUAUAGAUCAUGAGACUUGACUGAGGUAAUAUUCAUAUCAUCCAUCCAUCUAUGGCGAACUACAGCCAUGCAGCUGACAACAUUUUGCAAAAUCUUUCCCCUUUAACUGCAUUUUUGAAAUUGACUUCUCUGGGCUUCAUAAUAGGAGUCAGUGUGGUGGGUAACCUUCUGAUCUCCAUUUUGCUAGUCAAAGAUAAGACCUUGCACAGAGCUCCGUAUUACUUCCUGUUGGAUCUUUGCUGCUCAGACAUCCUCAGAUCGGCCAUUUGUUUCCCCUUUGUUUUUACUUCUGUGAAAAAUGGUUCGUCUUGGACUUAUGGGACUCUCACUUGCAAAGUGAUUGCGUUCUUGGGGGUUCUGUCCUGUUUUCAUACAGCUUUCAUGCUGUUCUGCAUAAGUGUCACCAGAUACUUAGCGAUUGCCCACCACCGCUUUUAUACAAAACGGCUGACCUUUUGGACUUGUUUGGCUGUGAUCUGUAUGGUCUGGACCCUAUCUGUAGCUAUGGCUUUUCCUCCAGUGUUGGAUGUGGGCACCUAUUCCUUUAUUAGGGAGGAAGACCAAUGCACCUUUCAGCAUCGUUCCUUCAGAGCCAAUGAUUCUCUGGGAUUUAUGCUGCUUCUUGCUCUUAUCCUUCUAGCCACGCAGCUUGUCUACCUCAAGCUGAUCUUUUUUGUUCACGAUCGCAGGAAAAUGAAGCCAGUUCAGUUUGUUGCAGCGGUGAGCCAGAACUGGACGUUUCAUGGUCCAGGAGCCAGUGGUCAGGCCGCUGCAAAUUGGCUGGCUGGAUUUGGAAGAGGCCCCACACCACCAACCCUGUUGGGGAUCAGGCAAAAUGCCAACACCACAGGCCGGAGAAGGCUUCUUGUCUUGGAUGAGUUCAAAAUGGAAAAGCGGAUCAGCAGAAUGUUCUAUAUCAUGACAUUCCUCUUUCUAACCUUGUGGGGUCCCUAUUUAGUUGCCUGUUACUGGAGAGUUUUUGCAAGAGGGCCUGUGGUUCCAGGGGGAUUUCUAACGGCUGCCGUUUGGAUGAGUUUUGCCCAAGCUGGAAUCAAUCCUUUUGUCUGCAUUUUCUCCAACAGGGAGCUGAGGCGCUGUUUCAGCACAACCCUUCUUUACUGCAGAAAAUCCAGGUUACCAAGGGAACCUUACUGUGUUAUAUGAGGGAGCAUCUGUAAAAUCUUUAGCCUUGUGAAAACACUACCCUUCUCUGCUAAGCAAUUGUGGCCUGUUGCCAUGUCUCGAGAAGAAAAGGGGAAAAAUCUAUAUAUAUCUAUCAAAAAGGGGAAUGUCAGCAGUUGUAAGGAUUUGGGCAACAACAACAUUCUGCAAUUUUUGCAAUAGCUCAUCUCUAAUCCUGUUUUAAAAGCUAAACAUGUUCCUGCUGACCACUCGUGGAGGUUUGUAAUUAAGAAAUAAAGGACUGAACCACUGCCCUAAAAUGUUUUGAUGUGGCUGAAAUCUAGAGAAUGAUUCAGAGAGUAGCAGGUGCUAAAUAUAUCAGCACUAAAUGCUGUAUAUAUCACUCUUUAAAGCAAGACCACCACAAAAAGAUUAGCAUUGGACAUCUGAAUCAGUUGAGUUUGACAUGAGGUUAAUGUGUUGAUGAAACUAAUUUUAGACACUGGAUGACCUUUAAAUCAUUUCAUACAGUUUUUUUGUUUGUUUUGUUUUACAAAGACUAACAUUUGGGGACGGUGUUAAGUCCUGUAAUUGAUGAGAAAUGUGCCAUGUAGUACUGCAUUAUCACCCCACUCUGUUUGCCUUGUGAGUUCGGGGGAGCAUUCCAAAGCUGUUUUGUGUUCUGGAUUUGAUUUUGUUUAAAUUAGAAUUUAUUUUUAUCUGAAUACAUUUUUUCUUUCUUUUACAAUAAUAAUAAUAAAAAUAUCUUCAUACUGUUCUUCUUUCAGGGUGAAAUAUUACUGGCAUAAAAUUGUGUUCUGUGCUUUGUUCAUUUAAUUUUCCUGUGUUUUUUUUUUAAAGCUUGGUUUGCUAUAUAAAAUUUAUUCAAUUUGUUUUAUAUUUUUGAAAGCUAGAUAUUGGUCUGUUAGGCAACAUCAGUGAGAUUAUCCAAUCAUAACAAAGGAGUAAUCAUUACCCAGAAUAAACCAUAUGUUGCCUUAAAGGGUUAUCUAGUAUCUUCCAUUUUGUUUAGCGUUUUUGCAAACAAGCAAAGAAAAGUGAGUCGGUUAACUCCAGUCUUGUCCUUUGGGAGUGCAUGAAAGAUCACUUAAUCCCCUCAUUCCUUUUUUUUAAAUUAUUAUUCCCAUGAUUCCCUCAAUCAGUAUGCUCAUCACUAGGAUGAUAUGAUUUUCUUCCCUCUAGGUGUGUUGCCCAUUCUAGUUUGUUCUGAGAAACACAGGCCGUCAGUGUAUGUUUAUAUUUUAAGACAAAUGUCAUAGGAAGACCGCAGCCUUAGUAAGAUGUCUUGCACAACGUGUGAAGCAUUUAUUCUACUGAAGGCACAGUCUUGUUUAUACUUUCUGCACAUUUUGGUGUAUUGGUUGUUUCAAAUUAUUUCAAUUUUAACUUGUGAAAGCAUAUAAUAUGAUUUCUAGUAUUUUAGAAAUACAUUAGAGUCUGUGAGUCUUUCCUUUAAGAAACAGAUGUGUGGAUUUCAAUAUAAAGUUGCAUUUGCCAAAAUUUACCUGUGUAGCCUGUUAAUUUUCUUGGAAUAAAAUUUUACAUUUUUCCAGUUAUACAACAAACUUUUUUUAUUAUUACUAUUAUUUUGUUUAGCAAGCAUGAAUUAUUGAGAAUGUAGCCAUUAUGGAUUAUUAUUCUUUGAAGUCACUGUAUUCCCAAACUGUAAAUGCAUGAAUGAUGGGGACCACAGGAUUGAUAAAUAAUAUUCUCGACAAUAGCACUGUUGUGUAGUUUAUCAUAAUUACCCUGAUAUCUGUUUGAACAUGUCAGUCCUACGUAGAGGUACUACGCAAUAUUUCAGAUACACAUCAUAUGAGAAUUUUUAAACACAGCAUAUAAUAGAAGAGCAGCAGCACAAUUCUUACAAGGAAAGGUUUAACCUCUAAGAGGAAGGACUUGCUCCCAGUUAAUAAUGGUGUGCUCUGUAUAUUACUACAGCUCAAGAACUUCCAGUCUCUCAUGUAAAAAUUCAUAGAAAGCAGCUACCAGGUGAACUGCUUUAAGUGUAUAAAACUAUAUAUAAUUCUUCCUAUUAACAACAAAAACAGUGUUAUUACUGUAUAUAUAGCUAAAUAAUUUGCUGAAAGAUUAGAAAGAAAAAUCUUGAUUCCACCAGUGCUCAUUGCAAGCUUCUUUAACAUGACCUCAUUUGUACUUCAUGCUAAUAUUGAUGGGUUCAAAGGCUAAAUUUAGCAUCCUGUGUUGAAGCACUGCAAUAAUCAAUCUUUGUGAAUGUAAAAACAUUCCAGGUCAUCAUCCCCCAUGGGCUUAAAAUGAAUGAAGUUCCAGAGACCUGUCCUACUGCUUGAGGCACAUAACUAUAGUUAAACUGUAAUACUUGAAUAUUAUUCUGAUUUAGUCCCAUAUCAAUAGUAUUAAUAUUAUGGUUACUAAACAUGCAGGUCUUCUUUUUACAUUUUUUUCUAUAUAGAUGUUAAGAAAAUCUUGGAUUUACCCAUGCACAUAAUCAUAUUUAGGGAUCAUGUGCAUGUUCAUUUUAUUAUGCUAAUACAUCCUGGGAGAUACAAUGGCAUUUUUCAAUACCCAUAUAUAUGAUUAAAUAGACGUGUGCAAACUUUUACAUGUAAGAUGUGUAUUCUGAAGUGGUGGUGGUGGUUUUACACCAGCACAGGAAGAGAUGAUAUAAAUUAGCCAUCUACAGUGGUGAUAGGAACAUUUCUCAGAAUAUCUAACAUGAAAUCAACCAUAUAUAUACAUCUAUAGCUUAAGAUUCAAGAGGACUAACAUUAUUUUUUUAUUUUAUAUUUAUUAAAACAUUUUUAUAUCUAAGAUAAAUUGGUGACUAUGUUUCAUCCAAUAGUUACCAUCAGAAGAUGCAUCACUCACAUAUUUAAUGAACAUCAAUAAACACAAGUCUAAUCAUAGAUGUAUAGAUGAUGAUGUUUCAAAGGCCAGAAACUUUCGGACUUUCAGUCAAGUUGUUUUCCUGUAAGUAUAGCAGGAAAUGAGAACCUAAUAUUUUAAUUGUAUAGUUUGGGAAUAUUAAGUGGGCACUGUUUCCCGUGUAUUGGUUUAUAAUUUUGCUAACAGAAAUUAUAAAAAUUUUAAGGAUAUACAGUGAAAAGGUUUAAAAUAAGAUUUGUUUUGCAUGUGGUUUUGCUUUUAUUUUGCUCCCUUGAGAAGAUGAGCAGAACUGUACCAAAUGAAAUUAAAAGGCAACACAUGAAGUAUUUUAAUAUAACAUAUAGUUCCUUUUUGUUUUGUUUUUUGCAAAAUGCACUGUGACACAAAAUUACUCAGGCAAAUAUUUUAAUACAACUCUUAAAAGGAUUAUAUGCUUACAUGGAUUAAAAUGGUGUCUGCAGACAGCUGUUAACAUUUUGGGUAUUAUUUGGUUCAUGGGUGGAGG